AUGCCGCAGAGCAACAGUAAGCGUGCAAAGGGCCAUGGGCACCUUGUUGACGGGCUGCUGAUUAGGCGCUCUCGCCAGCACGGUGCUUCUGACAAGGACGGCGAUGGUGAUAGCGACCGAGCCGCUGCGCUCCGGCUCAUCAAAACACUUGACGCCGAGGUCGACGAGCGGCGGAGCGGAGAUGCUGCGGCACAUGUGCAGGGGCCGCCGCGCGGUCUCCGGGCCGUAGACGGCUCUCUGGGGUUGCCGCUGGAUCUUGAUGCCGCCGAUGAGUAUGAGGAAUGGCGAAAGGAGCUUAUCUCGAGGGAGGAAGGGCUGUUGUUUGAUGCCCGGUGCCGCUCUCGCGCAACCCCCCAGGAAGUCCGUGUUGACGGCAUCAUCCGAAAGAUGCGACGGCGGGACGACGCUUUCUACGCGAACAAACCGGCGCGAAGGGGUUACCGGGGCCAGCUGCAUCCGCGCUUCGCUGGCGACCACUUCCUAGGCAACGUCGACCUCAUCAACCAGACGGCGCUAUUCCAGAUUGCUUCCAAGAUGCCCAAGGGCGCUCAUCUACACAUCCACUUCAACGCUUGCCUGCCACCGAAUGUGCUGCUCGACAUCGCAAAGGGCAUGGACCGCAUGUUCAUUACAAGUUCUCUCCCUCUUGUCCGCAAGACCGAGAUCCAGGGGGAGGAUGAAUACGAGAAUUUUCACAAGUGCGAGAUACAGUUCUCCAUUAUGAGUGUCGCGAAGGAGAGAGAGGACCCCGGCGACCUGUUCUCGGCCGACUACAGACCUAGGCAAUCCAUGAAGUUUUCCGACUUUUUGCGCCGGUUUCCAGAUGUUUAUACGGCGGCGACUCCUGAUGAGUGGUUGCUACACAAGCUCAUGUUUGAGGAGAUGGAGGCUCACCAUCCUUAUCAGACUGCCUCUGGCGCUUGGGAAAAGUUCAACGGGAGGACACGCAUGAUGAAAGGCCUAUUCAACUAUGAAACCGCAUACCGCAAGUAUACGUAUCGGUGCCUCCAAGACUUCACCCGGGACAACAUCCAGUAUGCCGAGAUACGGCCUAAUUUCAUGAUGAGCAACCAGCUUUACCACGACGACGGCACCGGCCCCAUCAACAACGAGGGCAUCAUGUCCAUCAUCAUCACCGAGGUGGAGAGAUUCCAGCAAGACAUGGCCGCACAGGGCAAGUAUUUUGGGGGUCUUAAAGUCAUAUACUGCACGCCACGAUCGAUGCCUCAGCCUGACAUACAAGCCGCUCUUGCUGAGUGCAUGGAGUUCAAGAAGAAGUGGCCGCAGUGGAUUGCAGGUUUUGACCUGGUCGGGGAAGAGGCAAAAGGCAACCCUAUCAAGACGUACAUCCCCGAAUUGCUCGACUUCAAGAAGAAGUGUGCCGAGCAGAAACUCGAUAUUCCUUUUCUGUUUCACUGUGGCGAGACGCUGGACAUGGGCACCGAUACGGAUGGUAACCUCGUCGACGCUCUUUUGCUGGGCUCGAAGCGUAUCGGGCACGGCUUUGCCCUGGCAAAGCACCCUUACAUCAUGCAGCACAUGAAGGCCAAGGGCAUCUGCCUGGAGCUGUGUCCGAUCUCCAACGAAAUUCUGGGGCUUGCGCCACGAGCGAACGGGCACGCCAUGUACCAGCUGCUGGCAAAUAACGUGCAUUGUACCGUGAGCUCUGACAACGGUGCGCUCUUUAGGUCUUCUCUGUCGCACGACUUUUAUCAGGUCAUGGUGGGCAAGGCAGACAUGGGGCUGUACGGGUGGAAGCAGCUCGUCAUGUGGAGUCUCGAACACGCAUGUCUCAGCGACAAGGAGAGGGAGACGAUGUUUCGCGAGUGGGAGCAGCUGUGGAUCGAGUUUCUCGAGUGGGUAGAGAAGACGUACGGUGACGUCGACGACGAGGCCAAGAUUUGA